GUAAGACUCCAGGGCCUUCAAGCUGUGAUUAAUCCCAUGGUUCCUGAAAUGACUGGGAAAACAGACAUUUUGUGCACCAAUUGAAGAGUGUAUGUCUAUGUAUGUUUAAAACCUUUCUAUACGUACACAUUUACACGAGAAGACAGACUCAUUCUUGUGCAUACUUGAAGAGUUUUACAACUGAUGAAAAUUCAUUUAAGAAUCAGAUGGAGCAACUUGACACCACUGGGCUUGGGAGCCCGGGGAGAGAAAUACAUCAUUGAUGGCCAGUUUUCCAUAUGGUCUUCACGGGUAAAGAAAGUUUGCAAAAAGAAGAAAAAAAACUUGCACAGAUCAAGCCUCAAAAAUACCUCUUCAGUGUAGAGAAGGAAUUAAGUGAGGAGGAAACUGAGGGAGACGUGUGAUUUCAAGCAUCACAGGUGGGAGCGUGCAGUGUUUUUUGCACUUUAUUUUUCAGUGGGUUUGGUGAUCUGGACAGAUGUUCAAAUUCUGGACUGAAAAGUAACUCCUACUGUGUGGUUAUGACUGGAGGAAAGCAAGUUAGGGUAUGAUGAGACAGAUUUGAAAAAUGAACUAAUUCCUUUGCCUUUUUUGGUUUUUGAGAAAUUUUAAUUUAUUAUUUCCCCUUUCCUUUCCCGUAUCUAUAGGAUAAUAACUUAAGGUAGCAAUUGAAACUGAUAAUUGCAAAAUAAUUGUCAAGGAGCAUCCGAGUAAAGCUUCUUUCCUUGGACUGUACACAUGACGUUUGGAGACAGUCUCUGAGGUUAACAGGAAAGCGCCCAUCAGCCAAACGUGCUCAGCCUUUAGGGAGAAACUGGGGAAGAGCCCAUCUCUCGCCCACGUUUUUGCUUUAAGGGAUUCUCUUCCCUGUUGAGUCCAAGAAGAUUUGCAUGUAAGAGGAGGAUUACUUGAUGGACUUAAUUCUGAGAUUAGUUCUUGUUCUUCAAGAUGGAAAAGUUUGUAAUCUUUAGAAGCAGAAAGGGGAGAAGUGACUAGGGAAGGGCGGAAGGAGGCGACAUUCUGCAGCUCAGCUUGGCUCCUGCGUGUCGGCAAGAAGAUUUAGGAUUCCCUGGAGGCAGACACUCAGACUCCUGCAAGAGCUUUAGAACCUUGUGACUCUGCUGAGGGAAGGGGCUUUCUCCCUGGCCUCUAUGGCACUGCGGGGUGGGUCAGCCUGCAGAGAGGGCCUCCCUGGGGACACAGCCACCUGCUGGGGAGCCAGGCUGGGUUCUGAAGUUGGAGGUUUCUGGUUCUGAACAGCAGGGAAAGAGUCUUUUUUUCUGCCAAAAUUUGGACUGCUGUCUGCACAAACUCUGGUCUGUUUUGCACAGUUUGUGUGCCUUUUUUCCCCUUUAUGCAAUCUUUUUCAGCUUUAGCAGCAGAAAUUUGUCUAGUUGAGAAAACAAGCCAGAGGGUGGCUUCAGAAGGAAGGUGAUUCCCUGUGUUCUGUCUCUGCAUCUGAACUUUUGAAGAGAAAAUUCCAGCUCGAGGGAUUCUUAAAGCCUUAAGUUACUUGAAAUCUAUGUAUUUGCAACCCUUUUGUCUCUGGAAUCACAUUUCACUAAACUGGAAUCUCAGGCUGAAUGCGAAUAACCAAGUUGAGUAAAAAGAAGAACACUCAGUUUCUUUAUCACCACUUGUUAACAAUGCUCUUUCUCCAAAGGGUCAGCCCGCUCUUCCUCUGAGGACUUGAAAAUAAAAAUGGACCCCACUUUUUUUUAAGUAUUGUCUUUUCUUAGCCGACUGCCAUCAUCUUUUAUAGAGGAAUUUUUUCACUAUGCAUUUGGUGGAUCUUUAUAAAAUACUGACCUUCCAAAUAGAACCAGGUCAGUCUUAUUAAAGGGGGUCAGGGAAACCAACACAAGCCAACCACAGAAAUAAAACAAACAAAUCAAUGAAAGGAAUUGGUUUACAUUUUUCGGCCUUCAGCGUUACUUUUUAAGUCAAACGGUUCUUCAAAAAAAAGUAUGUAUGCAGCGGUGGAACAUGGGCCUGUCCUCUGCAGCGACUCCAACAUCCUCUGCCUGUCCUGGAAGGGGCGUGUCCCCAAGAGUGAGAAGGAGAAGCCGGUGUGCAGGCGGCGCUACUACGAGGAGGGCUGGCUGGCCACGGGCAACGGGCGGGGCGUCGUGGGGGUGACUUUCACCGCCAGCCACUGCCGCCGGGACAGGAACACUCCGCAGAGAAUAAACUUCAACCUGCGCGGCCACAAUAGCGAGGUGGUGCUGGUGAGGUGGAACGAGCCGUACCAGAAGCUGGCCACGUGCGAUGCAGACGGUGGGAUAUUCGUGUGGAUUCAGUACGAGGGGCGCUGGUCCGUGGAGCUGGUCAACGACCGAGGGGCGCAGGUGAGUGAUUUCACGUGGAGCCACGAUGGGACUCAAGCGCUUAUUUCGUAUCGAGAUGGGUUUGUCCUGGUUGGUUCUGUCAGUGGACAAAGACACUGGUCAUCUGAGAUCAACUUGGAAAGUCAGAUCACGUGUGGCAUAUGGACUCCUGAUGACCAACAGGUGCUGUUUGGCACGGCCGAUGGACAGGUGAUCGUCAUGGACUGUCACGGCAGGAUGCUGGCCCACCUCCUCCUGCAUGAGUCGGAGGGCAUCCUCAGCAUGUCCUGGAACUACCCCGCCUUCCUGGUGGAGGACAGCAGCGAGAGCGACACCGACUCCGACGACUACUCCCCGCCCCAAGACGGCCCAGCAGCGUACCCCAUCCCAGUGCAGAACAUCAAGCCGCUGCUCACCGUCAGCUUCACCUCGGGAGACAUCAGCUUGAUGAACAGCUACGACGACCUGUCUCCCACUGUCAUCCGAUCCGGGCUGAAAGAGGUGGUGGCCCAGUGGUGCACGCAGGGAGACCUCCUGGCAGUCGCUGGUAUGGAACGGCAGACCCAGCUCGGUGACCUUCCCAAUGGCCCUCUUCUGAAGAGUGCCAUGGUCAAGUUCUACAAUGUUCGGGGGGAGCACAUCUUUACCCUGGACACGCUUGUGCAGCGCCCCAUCAUCUCCAUCUGUUGGGGACACCGGGACUCACGGCUGCUCAUGGCAUCAGGACCGGCCCUAUACGUGGUGCGUGUGGAGCACCGAGUAUCCAGCCUGCAGCUGCUGUGCCAGCAGGCCAUUGCCAGCGCCCUGCGAGAGGACAAGGACGUCAGCAAGCUGACCCUGCCCCCCCGUCUCUGCUCCUACCUCUCCACUGCCUUCAUCCCCACCAUUAAGCCCCCAAUUCCAGACCCCAACAACAUGCGGGACUUUGUCAGCUACCCGUCGGCUGGCAACGAGCGUCUGCACUGCACCAUGAAGCGCACGGAAGACGACCCGGAGGUGGGCGGCCCGUGCUACACGCUCUACUUGGAGUACCUGGGCGGGCUCGUGCCCAUCCUCAAGGGCCGGCGCAUCAGCAAGCUGCGGCCGGAGUUCGUCAUCAUGGACCCGCGGACCGAUGGCAAAUCAGAUGAAAUCUACGGAAACAGCUUGAUUUCUACCAUGAUUGACAGCUGCAACUGCUCAGACUCCAGUGACAUCGAGCUGAGUGAUGACUGGGCUGCCAAGAAAUCUCCCAAAAUCUCCCGAGCUAGCAAAUCACCCAAACUCCCAAGGAUCAACAUUGAGGCUCGGAAGUCUCCCAAGCUGUCGCGGGCGGCUCAGGAGAUAUCCCGGUCCCCUCGCCUGCCGAUGCGCAAGCCGUCCAUCGGCUCGCCCAGCCUGGCGCGGAGGGAGUUUCCCUUUGAAGACAUCACUCAGCACAGCUAUCUUGCUCAGGUCACGUCUAAUAUCUGGGGAACCAAAUUUAAGAUUGUGGGCUUGGCUGCUUUCCUGCCAACCAACCUCGGUGCAGUCAUCUACAAAACCAGCCUCCUGCACCUCCAGCCGCGGCAGAUGACCAUCUAUCUCCCGGAGGUUCGGAAGAUCUCCAUGGACUACGUUAAUUUACCCGUCUUCAACCCGAACGUUUUCAGUGAAGACGAAGAUGAUUUACCAGUGACAGGAGCAUCUGGUGUGCCUGAGAACAACCCACCUUGUACUGUGAACAUCCCUAUCGCGCCCAUCCACAGCUCGGCUCAAGCUAUGUCCCCCACGCAGAGCAUCGGACUGGUGCAGUCCCUGCUGGCCAACCAGAAUGUGCAGCUGGACGUCCUGACCAAUCAGACCACAGCCGUGGGGACAGCUGAGCACGGAAGUGACAGUGCUGCCCAAUACUCAGUGUCCAACCGCUACUCCAACCCUGGACAGGUGAUCUUUGGAGGUGUGGAGAUGAGCCGCAUCGUCCCGAACCCCCCUCCGCUGUCCCUGCCCCCGCCGACACAGGGGGCCAUCCAGCUGUCCGUGGUGGACCAUGGGGACCGAGACCACGAGCACAUGCAGAAGCCAGCCAAGGCCCUGCGGCCGGUGCCGCAGCUGGCCACCGAGGGAGACGCAGUGGUGUUCAGUGCUUCCCAGGAGGUCCAGGUGGCGAAGAUGAACCCCCCACCCCCCUACCCAGGAACCAUCCCCGCCGCCCCCACCACAGCCGCGCCGCCGCCCCCGCUGCCGCCUCCGCAGCCCCCGGUGGACGUGUGCUUGAAGAAGGGCGACUUCUCCCUAUACCCUACUGCGGCGGCGCACUACCAGACGCCCCUGGGCUACGAGCGCAUCACCACCUUCGACAGCAGCGGCAACGUGGAGGAGGUGUGCCGGCCUCGGACGCGGAUGCUCUGCUCCCAGAACACCUACACGCUCCCCGGCCCCGGCAGCUCGGCCACCCUGAGGCUCACCGCCACCGAGAAGAAGGUCCCGCAGCCCUGCACCAGCGCCACCUCCCCGCUGACCUCGCAGUCCUCCUACAGCCUCCUGAGCCCGGCCGACGGCGCCCGCGAGCGCGCCGACUACGUCAACUCGGCCUUCACGGAGGACGAGGCCCUGGCCCAGCACUGUCAGGUCGAGAAGCCCCUGAGGCACCCCGCGCUGACCGAAGCGGCGGUGGCCGUAAAACGGCCGCCCCCGUACCAGUGGGACCCCGUGCUCGGGGAGGACGUUUGGGUUCCUCAGGAAAGGACAGCACAGACUUCGGUGCCCAACCCCCUGAAACUGCCCCCUCUGAUGGUUGGUCAGAGCCAGCACCUGGACGUGUCCCGAGUGCCCUUCGUCUCCCCCAAGUCUCCCGCCAGCCCGACUGCCACUUUCCAAACAGGCUAUGGGAUGGGAGUGCCGUAUCCCGGAGGCUAUAACACCACCCCUUUGCCAGGAGUGCAGGCUCCUUGCUCCCCGAAAGAUGCCCUGUCCCCAGCACAGUUUGCACAACAGGAGUCCGCCGUGGUUCUUCAGCCGGCCUACCCGCCCAGCCUCUCCUACUGCGCCUUGCCCCCCAUGUAUCCAGGAAGCAGCGCCUGCUCGAGUUUACAGCUGCCACCUAUCGCCUUGCACCCCUGGAAUUCCUACAGCACGUGCCCGCCCGUGCAGAACCCCCAGGGCACCCUCCCCACCAAGGCACACUUGGUGGUGGAGAAGCCCCUCGUGUCCCCACCACCCACUGACCUCCAAAGCCACCUGGGUACAGAGGUGAUGGUGGAGACCGCAGACAACUUCCAGGAAGUCCUCUCCCUGACGGAGAGCCCAGUCCCCCAGAGGACAGAGAAGUUUGGGAAGAAGAGUCGGAAGCGGCUGGACAGCCGAGCAGAGGAGGGAAAUGUUCAGGCCAUCACCGAGGGCAAAGUGAAGAAGGAGGCUCGGACUUUGAGUGAUUUUAAUUCCCUGAUCUCCAGCCCCCGUCUGGGGAGAGAGAAGAAGAAGGUGAAGAGUCAGAAAGACCAGCUGAAGUCGAAGAAGUUGAAUAAGACAAACGAGUUCCAGGAUAGCUCGGAGAGCGAGCCGGAGCUGUUCAUCAGCGGGGAUGAGCUGAUGAACCAGAGCCAGGGCAGCAGGAAAGGCUGGAAGAGCAAGAGGAGCCUGAGGGCGGCCAGCGAGCUGGAGGAGUUCAAGUGCAGGAAGGCCAGUGAGAAGGAGGACGGGCGGCUGGGCAGCCAGGGCUUCGUGUAUGUCAUGGCCAAUAAGCAGCCGCUCUGGAACGAGGCCACCCAGGUGUACCAGCUGGACUUUGGGGGGCGGGUGACCCAGGAGUCAGCAAAGAACUUCCAGAUUGAGCUGGAGGGACGGCAGGUGAUGCAGUUCGGAAGGAUCGAUGGCAGCGCGUACAUUCUGGACUUCCAGUACCCCUUCUCAGCCGUACAGGCCUUCGCGGUGGCCCUGGCCAACGUGACGCAGCGCCUCAAGUGAAGAGACCGCCGUCGGGACGAGAAAGAGGCGCAGAGCCUUCCCAGGGAGGUCUGAUCGCAGACGCGGGGGGAGCCCGCAAGGCCUGGUCCUGGGGGGCCGGAAGACAAGGGCACAACUGGAACCGUCUGUCAGGCCCGGGCGAGGGCAGUGACUCUCCAUUGUUUGUUUGGGUUUUUAUUAUCCUUUAUUGUCUUUAUUCUUUUUUUUUUUUAAAACGGAAGCAAAAUACAGGAGAGUGGAAUUUGGAAGCAAAGGGUGCGAGGCACCUGGUGUUGUUUAGGAAGCGUGAUCGCUGGGGGCGGGGGCUGCUGGGUGUGCUGUGUCAGCUGCGGGACAGGGGCCCUUCCGAAGGAAGGCAGGCUGCCGCAGAGCCUGCUUCUUCUAGGCUGGGACUGCGCGUCGUUUGCACUCUCUGCAACGUCUAGCUUUUAUUAUUCCUCCAACAUCACCACUAGUCUAAAAAAGAAUUAAAAAAAGAAAGAAAGAAACCAAAAAAUCCUGAAGGUACAGGUUCUCUUGGAGGGACAUUUAAUUCAUGCAUACUAUGUUCUUACUCCAGAGGGGACCUGAUUAAUGAGGGGUAUUUUGGCAAAUGCACUGUGUUUGACUAAGAAAAGUAGGCUUUCUAUGGGGGUGCUAUUACCAGGUAUAAAUACGGUUUGCUCACGAGGACGUAGGGGAAAGGACGACGGGGCAGGAAGGCACUCCUGCGCGUGCACACGUGGGUGGCUCGCGUAGCGUCGCUUGGAGCAGUACAAGGGCUACGCUCCUCUUCCGAGGAUGUUUACAUUGAAGACUCCGCUAGUUUUGUAAUAUGUCAGAAUUCCAUUGGCUCAGUGAUCAUCCAGUCUGACCGACUUCGAGGGGAAAAGACCCCCGUGUGCUGGGGGCGGCGGUUUUCAGCGGCGGGGGUGGGUCACUGGUCACCCACUGCUGAGAAGCGGUCUUUACUCCCUCUCCGCUCUCAUUGUUUGAUCUGGGAAACGUGGUAGCAGACGUUACCUUUCCCAUUAGAUAACACCAUUCUACUCUUUCUAAAAUUGCUGCAGAUACUGAUUUGAAGGCACUCCUUUCCUCUUUUCGGCUAUAUUAAAAAUUCAGUUGACUAUAAAUGUUUUCCAACAGAUUAGAAGUGUAGGAAAAAAAUGUUAGGCAUUUGCCAGGAUAUGAAAAGACAGAGUUAUAAUCAACUCUUUGACAAGAGCCCCACAAGCUUCUCUACCAAAAAAAAAUUGUUUAUUAACUGUACAGACUGUUUACUGAGGAGACAGACCACUGGGAGAACAUGGUUAAAGUUGCAGUACUUAAUGUAGUUUGUUAACUACUCUUGUUAAUUGCAAAAAUCCGCUGAGAUUACGUCUUCCCACCUCCCUCUGAUCCCACCUCCCCCUCCCCAGGGGACACGCUGGGCAAUAUUCAGCCCUGAUAACAAGACCCAGUUGGUAGUUUUCCAUUACCGACUUCUGCGAUGUUAUUUAGGGCAGUGGCACACGAGCUGUCUGCUGGUUUAGGGCCCUGAAUUUGGGUUUUGUUUAAAAACAAACAAGUAGAAGAUACUGCAGAAAAGUAUUUUCCAAAAAAAAAUUUUUUUAAUCCUCUGUUUUAGUUUAAAAAUUAGAAAAGAAACAGGCCCGGAGCAGGAUGACAUCACUCACCAUUUUCUUCAGAUCCUGAAGAGACGCAGGUGAGGUUUUAAAUAUGGUGAAGGACAUCUCCUAGCUGAUACCAGAGUUUCCCAAUUUAUAUUUUGAAAUAUUGAACCUGGUUCUUUGGUGGGUAAAUUUUUCCAUAAAGAAUUUAUCUGUGUAUUCAGUUAUAUAAUUCUUUUAUAUGAGUUUCUGUAGCUUAAUAUGAUGUUUCAGUGCUGAUGAUUAGCUGUGCAAUAAUGGUUAGCCUAUUUCUAGAUAAUUUAAAUGCCAUUCCCCUGUUUUAUUGUCCAAGAGUUAAUUAUUUAUCUUGCUUUAAUAGUGUUUGUAGGAAUUAUUUUGUUACUAUGUUCUGGUGAGUUAUGCCCAUUUUAUUAUUUAUUUAGGAAAAUAGUAUGUUUGUAACGACUUAUUUGGUGGCAGGAUAUUUUGCUGCAAGAAAUAAAGAGGAUAUGAUAGAAGGUUUUUUUGCUGGACAAUUUGUAACUUUUUCUAAUUGGGAAAAAUUCCUAUUAAUCUUUUAAAACUAAUUUUUUUUUGCAUUUUAUGAUCUCAAUUAUAUACAAAGGAGAAGAUUUCUUUGAGAUAACAUAUUCUAAAAUAAUAUUUCCCCUUCUGAAAAUUUUAUUUUUAAUUUAAAGUAAAAGGUGAUAUGAAAUGAGACUUGUGAGAAUGAGAGUAGCAAGGAAAGGACUUAUUGCUGGUAAGUUUCAGUUUUUAAAGUUCUGAUUGGCUUUUAAGAUAUAAAGACCACAAAAGGGUACAUUUACAUUCUUAGUACAAUCAAACAUAGAGGAAAAUCCUGGGAGUGAAAACUACAAAUACGUGUGAAGAAAAAGUGAGUAUUUGUAGCAAAUAAUUAACUAAGUUCCUAGCUCAGUCCCCAAAAGACCUUUUCCCCACAUGGGGGCAGAGGCCUCCAUGGGUGUUCUGCAUACAUGGGAGUCCACCUCUGAAUGGGAGGCAGCUGCCCAGCUCUGCCGCCCUGGGCUGAAGGAGGAGGUAAUCCCAUGUGCCAGUCGGUCAGAAACAGGUGUCUGCAGCAGUUGUGAUGCAGUGUCUUUUCAACUAAUGGUGAUUUUUUCACUUACUGUAAUAAUUGUUUUCAUUCAGUCAGCCUCAAUUCAUUAAAUACCACUGAAGUCAGUACUUUGAGGAGCAGAGUUCUACAUACCCAGCACUUAUUAGUAUCAGUUUAUGAAUAUUAAGAUACUUUAUUGAACCUCUAAGGUUAAAAACAUUAGCCCAUUGGUCAACUACAUAAAGAAUACAUGCCUUUUUGAGGGAAGCAGUAUAUUAACAAACAUAAAAACCAAUGUUAAAUUUGGUUUAACCUCAUCAAACCAGAGGCACAGCUUUGAGUAUGGUGUACCCAUUGAAUGUAUAUCCUAAGAAAAUCUGGUACCAAGAAAGCAGGAAAAUGUCAGCGCUCUCAUGGCAGUCUAAGCCAAAGCGUCUGCAGUGUUUCUCAUCCAUGGCCGUUGCUUCCUUGCGGAGUGUCCCACAAGGGCACGUGAAAAUGUGUGAUCACAGCAGAAAGUCAGGAGACCCCAGGACUGAGCCGGCUCUGCCACACAGUUGGCGGAUGACCUUGGGCCUCCAUUUGUCCAUCUGUAAAAUGAAAGGCCAGCCUGGACAAUCUUCUAAACACCGGUCAUGCCUCUCGAAUGGCCUGAGGGCCUGAAUUGUAACAGGUUCAUCAUUCCACUUUAUAAACUUGGAUGGUAGGUUUUUAAAACAUUGCCCUUUGUAGAGAAAUAUUUCUUUUCCUAUAUUAAUGAGCUACCUACUGAAUGUAAACCAGUGUUUAAGAUAAUGUCUUUGGAAAGUUCACCUCUAGAAACAGAUGUGUUUGGAAUCAUGUUUGUUCUCAUAAAAUUAUGCAAAAGCACUGAUUCCAGGAAAGACAGAGGAGCCUCCCCACGAGUGUGGACACAGCACCCUGGAGAGCAGACCUCAAUAAGCACCACCACUUGCCCUGCAGGCUGUAGAGUGGGUUGAAGAGAGAAUAAGGGCAUCUCUGCCUCGGCUGGCCUGCGUUCUUGAGUGUGUUUUGCAGCGUCCCACUGGCAUAGUGUUCGGAUUUCUUGAGAAGGAACCCGCUGUGUCCUCGUGUGGACCGUCUAGCUUUUGGCCCAGUCAGCGGUUGUGAACAAAGUUAGUUGAGACAAAGUGUGUCCAAAAUGCUGUUUGAGUUCCUGGGAUUUUGGAAUAGCACACACCUCAAACUCUUCAACAUUUGUGUAUCUCCUUACCUCUGGCCAAUGAAACUCUGAAGGGUUGUGGUUUCCAUUUCUUUGGCUUUGUGCAAUUUUCUUGUAACUUUUCUUGUACCUAUAUUUUCUCUUUAUAAGUUCUUUUACAGGGAAGGGUUCGGGUUCUAAGACCACGUUGUUGAUUGUAGAUAAAAAUUUUUUUCGUGUUGUAGAAAAGCAUGGGUUAUGUGUUUGACUGAAAAAGGCACUGUGUUAUUUACCAAAGGGGUAUCGUUUUUAUGUUUGUUUAUAAAUGCAUUAUUUUGUUACUGCAGAUUUGGACAUAAUUUCUGAGUUUAUUACUACUGGCAUUUUCUUUUUCCUUUUUUUUUCCCCCCAAACUGUAAGUGCGCGACGCAGGUGCACAGGUCCCAGACCAAACCAGACCACCAGCAUGUUGUUGUCCCCGCCUUGGGAGUGGCGUGCUGCUUUGGACGCCUGAGUUCCUCUCUCACUGGUUUGUUUGUUAGUUUUUUAACUCAGCAUCCUUUGUUUUACUUUCCAAGCAAGAUCUGUUGAGACCCCCAAUUUGCAUUCUAAUACGCUUACCCUUAUUUGCCUCUCUUCUUAUGUAUUUUGUGUAUUAGAUUGUGCAGGAGGUUUUCUAGAAGGCAUUAGUGGUUUGCAUUCAAAAUGACGUGGUUUGUCCAAAUUAUUUUGUCUUUAUUAUUGAGAUGGACUAAUCUUAUUUUUCCCUUGAUGAUUUGAAGUUGUAAGAGUUGUCCAGCUAUUGCUUAAUAAAAUUUUGCAGUUC